UUGGGGGAGGGGGUGGUGGAAGGGAAAAGAAAAAACCAGAGGCAUGCAAGCGGCUCCCUAGCCAGCUGUUCCAGCUGCCGCUUCCUCCGACGCGGGCCGGGCGGUGCAAUAUUCCACCCCCCCCUCCAUCUUUCUCACCACUACCUGUCCCCCCACCCACCAUACGCACACAUUCCCCCCACCAGUAGCGGAUCUCCGGCCUGUAAGGGGGUAGUAGGGAGGAGCUGGGGGGAGGGGGAGGCCUGCGAGUUUCUAACCUUGUUCUUAUAAACAAACCCACAUGUGCAGCUGCCGCUGCUGCAACUCACCCCACAAUCCCGGAUAUAAGUCCUGCCCCUUUAAGAGGAAAAAAAGCUUCCCCCUCCUGUCUCCCACCCCACCCAUCCACAAGGACCUUUGUCUCCCCACCCCCCUUGUCAAUCGGCCCCGCCUCAUAUCCCCGCCCUCUCCGACGCGGAGGAGCCAAUGGGCUAAGAAAAUAAGGCCGGGGCUGACGUAAGCAUGUCCGGCCAAUCACAGGACGCGUUGGUGGGAGGCCUCUCGCAGGGCGCGCCAGGAGGAAGCAAGGCAGGAGAAAGGAAGCUUGAAGUCAAGAUGGAGACUGCUAGUUGCUCCGCCGCCGCGGCGAAUGGGGCCGUGGGCUCGCAGCGGGACCGGAGCCUGGUGCCUGAGCGGCUUCAGAGACGAGAGCAAGAGCGUCAACUGGAGGUGGAAAGGCGGAAGCAAAAGCGGCAGAACCAGGAGGUGGAGGAGGAGAAGAGCGACUUUUUCGCUGCCGCCUUCGCUCGGGAGCGAGCGGCCGUGGAAGAGCUUCUGGAGGGCGGAGAAUCCAUGGAGCGGCUGGAGGAGGCGGCCGCUCGGCUCCAGGGCCUGCAGAAACUUGUCAACGACUCGGUUUUGUUCCUGGCCGCCUACGACCUGCGGCAGGGACAGGAGGCGCUGACGCGGCUACAGACGACCCUGGCCGAGCGGCGCCAGGAGCUGCAGCCCAAGAAGCGUUUCGCUUUCAAGACCCGGAGGAAGGACGCUGCUUCGGCCGCCAAAGUAGACUCCGCUUCUGGAGCCCCGGCGGCAGAAGGCAUCCUGGCCUCCCCGCCGCCCUUGAAGGAGGAGGGAGGCAUCGGCUCCAGCUGGGUCUUCGGCUUCUCCAACGUGGAGUCCCAAGUCUUGGAGAAGAGGGCAGAGGAGCUGCACCAGCGUGACGUUCUUUUGACCGAACUGAGCAAAUGCACAGUCAGACUGUAUGGCAAUCCCAACACCCUGCGGCUGGCCAAAGCCCGAAGUUGCACGGUGCUCUGCGGCCCAGUGUCCACCUCUGUGUUCCUGGAGGACUGCAGUGAUUGCGUGCUGGCCGUGGCCUGCCAACAGCUGCGCGUACACACUACGAGAGACACCCGCAUCUUCUUGCAGGUGACCAGUAGGGCCAUCGUGGAAGACUGUAGCGGGAUCCAGUUCGCCCCUUAUACCUGGAGCUACCCGGGUAUCGACAAGGACUUCGAGGGCUCUGGUUUAGAUAGGAGCAAAAAUAACUGGAACGACGUCGACGAUUUUAACUGGCUGGCCCGGGAUAUGGCCUCCCCAAACUGGAGUAUUCUUCCUGAAGAAGAGCGAAUGGUCCAGUGGGACUAAGCAGUUGUCACUAUAUUCUUCACUCCUACCAAAUACUUCCCAUGUGGGACCGACUCCUGCUACUGGGAUCUCAAAGUUUACUUACUGUUAUCACGCUUUGUAUGUUUUCGGUAUUUUCAGCCUUGAGAUUGUGUUAGGCUCCUACUUGUGAUUUCCGUUAAAUUCACAACAGGUCUAACACUUUGAAGCAUUUUUGCUCUUUUGGUAAUGUGUAGUAGCUUUAAUUAAUUGACUAUGAUAGUUUGAAACAGAGGUAAAGAGUGUCCGUGUAGGUUGGUUAUAAAUGCUUUGUGUAUUUAAAACUUACUGCAUGAUAAAGUAGACCCUCAAUAAAUACUUAAUAAAUGAAUUUGUAGGGCUCUAGUAGGAGGCAGUUAAUGUGGAAGUAUGUUAUCAAACCUGAAAACACUAGCCCUUGAGUGCUCUUGACUUGAAACUUUCACUUCCAUAGGUAUUACUCAGCAGGGCAGUGGAAAGACUCUGGUCUUCAGGUACACAUUAGCUUGGGCUUCCGGAAUCCAGCUACUCAUCGACUUGUUUGGAUCCAAAGUUUUGGCAUUGACCCCAGGAGACUCAUGAGGCUUACCAACUGUGAAACCAAAAUAAUUAUAGCUACCAAAUUUUUUGUUCACUUUAAAGGUUGUAGACACUAUUCUAAGCACCUUACUCAUGUAAACACGACGUUUAGUCCAGAAAAUCUUAGGUAGGUUCUGUGAACACCAUUUUUCAAGCGAGGUAGGUGAGUUGCCAGAGUCACACAGCUCAAGGGGACUGGGAAACCAGGUGGUCUGGCUCCAGAGCCCACCUUCUCAACCCCUGGAACGUACUGAUUUUGAAUAGCGUUAGUUGAGUUGGAAAGAGAGCUUUCCGGAGUCAUUAAAGAGGGCAAAUUGCUUUUCCUAAAUUGUCAGGAAUAAAUGUUACAUAUCUUCACACAGAAACGUAUAGCCGAGUCUUAAUUUUUUCCACUCAAAUUUUGCUGUGAUUGGGUACUAUUAUAAAUUUGGAUUUUGCUCUGUGUUCUCACCCAUAUUCUUAAAUGGAAAGUUCUAAGAGUUUCGAAAAACUUUUUGGGGUCUAGUGCCUUGUAUCUGUAGACAUAGGAUUUGAAUUUAAUAAUGACCAUUAGUAUUAAAGUGCUUAUCGUACCUUAA